UCUGCCAGGCCGCCUGCUGCUGGCUGGGUACACGCUCGCCCGUGGCCACUCACACUCCCGGCUUCACGCACGGAGCGCCCCGUGGCGCCGUUAGCGCGUGCUAGUGAGCUUGGGUGGCAAGAACCCAACCAUAUCAGCCUUCGCCCUCCCUCGCUGCACACUCGCUUUCUCUCGCCCGCCUCCCGCAAAAUCACCCGCUUCUGCUUCCACCACCACCACCACCACCACAUAUUCAUACAUCUGCUCCAACCCUCCCAUCUCUCUUCCGACCACUCAAUCCUCUACUUCUUCUCUUGUAAUCAUACAAACCGCCUUGCCAUCCUCCCUCUCCCGCCUACCUUGCGCUGCCGCCUUCCGCCCUAUCCGACGACUCACAGCUCGCACACAAUCCCGCCCCCUCCUUUGUUUUGAUCGGCCGCAUUCCACACACCGCCGUCCCGACCCAUCAUCUCACCUCCCUCCACCCCCACCAUUCAAUCCAUCAUUUUUCCAUCAUAGACUGCCAUAAUGUUUAGCUACGGUGCUCAACAACAACAUCAUGCUUCCCACCUGAACGCCCACCAGCACAACCACCACGGUGGCCGAUCACGGAGGGCUCCUCGCGUGUCGGCUGCCCACCAGCAGAAGCAGUUCCGUCAAGUGCGAACUCCCAAGGAGUUUGUGGAACCACCCACCCUUCUUGCUUUCCGCCGCGACUUCGAGGCCGCAAGGUCCUUUGAUCUCGAAGAUGAUGAGAACUUCUGCCCUUUCCACUUGCUCACCGAGGAUGAUGUAAGUGCCAUGACGCCUUUGCUGCCGCCGCAACGUCUUUGCCACUCGGCCUUGUCAUCGCAGCAACAUGCGCUGACUCAUGACGAACAGCUUCAGUCCAUCCACUCGUCUGGCUCCGAUCGCUCCUCGCUCUCGAGCGGUUCGCCAGAUCAAUCUCCUCUGCAGCACCAGCUUCAACCUACGCCUUCCUUUGUUUUGUCUUCGGCUCCUAACCCCUACACUCCCGCCAAUUUCCAGUCCAGCCAUGCGCAGACCAAACUGCACCAGCCACUAGCUCAGCGAACCCGCAAUGCCAUCCCCAUCGUUGACCCUUCGACUCGUGCUGUCGCCAGCCCACCACCAUCUGUGUCUCCCAAUCGCCAGAUGCAGCAGCAGUUCCGCCGCUGGUAGGGCCUCGCGGGCGCGAGACCGAGCGGCUCGUCCGGAUGGCAUUGCAGCGUGUUCUUCGUUACUGACUAGUGGCUACCCUCAUAUGAUCUAAUUCUUCUUCACUUCGAUAUCCUCCGGAGGAUCAUACGUCUAUACUAUCGAUUCCCCCCAUGUACAAAUCUGCGAUAUCCAUCUUAUUCGACAUGUUGGGUUUACCACUCGGAACAGGUGACGGCAUUGCAAUUACAGCAAAAACAAAAUCAUCUCGGAUACAGCGCACUAUCGGUCUCUUGUCUUCUAGCGCGUUUUACGGCAUCUCACAGCGACUUCUUGCACACAUUGGUGUUUAUCAUUUUUGGGUCUUUCGCAUCUUGGGUUUCUCCAUUCUUGACGCUUAAAGACUUUUUAUUAAAAGAAAAAUCUUGGUCUACAGACAACGGUGUUCUGUACCGGUCAGUUGUUUUACCAUUUUCAUUUGCUCACCCGGUCUUCGUGCAUCAGUCAUGGGGAUUUUAUAUGGGUAGAUUUCUUUUGUGUCGGCUCUGGCAGGUUUGGGGGUUCGGUCUAGCUGGUAUACCACAAACGGCGCGGUACAGUCUAUUGGUGUUGCAGCAAAGCAGCGGUGUUGUGUGUUUGGUCCAUGGGACGGUCGGGUCUGGGUUUCGCGGGUGCAUUGUUCUUGUCUCCACUGGAUUACUACCUGUACGGCUGCUGGGA